AUGGGGCUUCUAUCUGGAGUUCGUCCGGGGCGCGAGGAGACCUCGAUGAGAGAAGUGGCAUACAAUUAUCGGUCAUUCAUUAUGGCGGGCGUAUCAGCGCACCUCCUCUACGUCAACUACAAAGGAGUUUGGCGAACGACUAGAAGGGACAAAGCGUACCUAAAUCGGCAGCGAAAACCAGGAUCUAAAGCGAUCCCGACCAUUCGGCACCGCAAAUCCUGUGCUAGCGGCUACCCCGAGCAGCGACAUUCCAUUCUCUCUGCCGUGCGCCGCAAAGGCUAUAUCGUGUUUGCUGUUCACGCGCUGGCAACCUCAGCCCAUCCUACACUUACAAGUGUGGAGGAGGAUGACGAAGAACUGUGGUUACGCGCUACUUUGACUGCGACGACAACGUCGCGUCGGAAGCAGAACGACGACGAGGACGAUCCCAUCCCAAUCCCGAGCAUCAUUGGUGGGCUUCUCUCGUGCGGUAGUACUGGUCUCUCCACGCCGACCACCACCACAACCAACCCUCCAGCCACCAACGCUGCGUCGACUCCAGCCACCGCUACCACUAGCACGGUGAUCUCGACGUGCACCAGCGCUGCAUCGCCCACCAUCAGCCUCGACCGCACCAGUGGAAGGCUUUGCAUGGAGGAUGUGUGGGGUCUUUUAGCGGACGCUAUGAUGCAAGGAGACCAGAACGCGUGGAUCUUUCCGGGGUUCGAUGGGAAUCCAUCCGAGGAGUCUCUGGCAAAUUUGCGGGGCAAACGUCAUUUGCUAGUGGCACACAAUCAGUCUGGUCGAGAUAGAUCUCCAAGGAGGACUAGCAGACAUGAGUUGAGUAUGAUGGCAGCCAUAUCUCGCGUGACUGGAGCCUUCUGUAUUAUUUUACGGCGCAAGCUGGUGUCCGUACACACAAAGCCAAAAUCGAAUGCAGCAUCAAUUGCGAUAGGGAUUCUUUGCGAAGUCGACAAUGUGGAUGCGUACCCGACCAUCCUGCUUUUCGUUGAUGACAAACGGGUGGAGUUGAUGUCGUGGGAAGGCCUGUCGACCACUACCUCGAGAGGACACCAUCAUGGACAUCCUUGCGACCAUUGCGUCGAGACGAGAUUGACGGUGGACGAGGUCAAGAAGACCGUCGAAGAGACUUUCAACCUGAAGACUGGGGAUCCGGGCUUCAAGCUCGUGACCUCCCGCCUCAUCAACCAUAUCGAUGAGGCCGAUGUGGAUGGCGUUCGGUCCGAUCUCUGGUCACCACACAACCCCAGAUCACAUUCGGCAAAAGGAAAAACGCAUUUCAAAGAACCCACUCUCACCAUACACCCACAACAUAGCCGGGUGCAACUCUGCAAAGCCCACAACCUGAAACCCGCCAUUCCUCGUGCAACCGACUGGAAGAAAUGGACGAAGCGGGUCCAAAUCACCAAAACGCGCAAGCCGUGGACCACUCCGGGAGCUACUGUCCGAGGAUCCCCGCUACUCUGGAGUCCCAGCUACAGCGAACCAGUCCAAACUACUCACCGACAUGCCUCGCUCAUCCUCACCCACUCCCGCGCGCUUUCGGUGGCGUGGGAAAGACCGUCCCGCGCGCUUUCGGUGGCGGGGAAAGACCGUCCCGCGCGCUUUCGGUGGCGUGGAAAAACCGUCGACGAGGUGACCGCCCUAACCAUCGCAGAAUCCGCCACGCCCCGCACGACCCGCGUAAUUGUCCUCACCGAUGACGAUUUCUCGCUCGCGCACAUCAACGAUCACGUAGCGAUACGAAACUCCCUUGGGUUGGGGCCCGCAACGGAUGCCUCUGAGGGCAGAAGGUGGUGUUCCGUUGUGACUCCGACCUACGAGUUCAUGGCGCGAUUUACCAUGACUAUCACCGAGAACGAGGAAGACGAGGACGAGGAAGACGCGGACGAUGACGUGGGCGAUAGUGAUGGUACUACGAGGGGGAUCUUUUCUCGUUGGCUGCCAAGUAGGCGGAAAUUGAGGGAGGUCUGGAACGCGUCAAUUAGGAAAGCGCGGGACGUUAACCUGUUUCUCCCACGUUCGAACCUUUAUAAGGCUGCCACAUCCGUUCGAAGCGCCGCACAAACCCUUCUCUUGACGCGCAAUCGCAACCACAUUAUACGUACUCUUCUGCUCUCUUUCUCUCAACCGAACAACGGCAGCAUUCCGACUGGUUUCCCAGGUCUCUACCUUGUGAAACUCUUUAGAUUUCGAUAUGUAUCGCAACCUAUCGCAACCUCGACCCCCCGCUUUGUGCGGCGGACGGCAUCGGAGACUGUCGAGACGCUCUCUAAUUGGGGCACGGACGAAUGCCGCUGGCAGGAGAAGGUGGUGUUCCCCUGUGACUCCGCCCGACCCAUGGUAUUUUUCGUGGCGGGAGACAGCGAAAACGACUUCAUGGUGCAAUUUAUCAUGACCGAGGGUGUUCCGCUCCAAAACGACUUCAAGGCGCGCUUCACACUGACCAUCACCGAACACGAGGAAGAUGAGGACGACGACUGGGCAAAAUUCGGUGGAGGUGGCUUCUCCGACGAGGUCGGCAAGAAGAGGGAUCUUUUCUCGUUGGCUCUGCCAAGUGGGCAAAAUUCGGUGGGGGCUCUGUUUUCGUUGGCAGCCAGGUGGGCAAGAUUUGGUGGAGGUGGCUCCUCUGAGGUCGAGGGCGGCGAGAAGAAGGACCGACUCGUCGAUUGGCUGAACGCUACGCGCGCCGCUGUCGAGGAUGAUGGGGGUGAUGAGGAUGAUGGGGAUGAUGAGGAGGAGGACGACGAAAUUGCGAGGGUGCUUGAUUUUGGACCGCCCGCAAACGCGGGCACCGCCCCGAUCUUCUGGCGUGCUGCCACGAUCGCCGCCGCCGCCGCCCCCAUCAUCGGCACCGCGUUCGCCCCCACCAUCGCCGCCGCGUUUGCCCCCACGCCCGAUCGCCCUCCCUCAUCCACAAUGCCCUCUCCCCCACGCAAUAAACAGCGAUGCUGA